AUGUCGUCCAACAACGACGGCAACAAUGGCGGCAACGGCGGCCCCGGCGUCCUCCUCUUCCGUGACGACCCGAACGCCAGCAACCCGUUCCUAAAUGAAGCGGAUAUCCACGAGGACGACAAUGUCUUGGAACUGGGUGAGCGCGCCGUCCUGCACAUCUGGUCGGGCUUUCUCGACUUUGCGCUGCAGGGCAACAUCCUCGAGAUUGCCUUUGGCCUCAUCAUCGCCUCGUCCUUUACCGCCAUUGUCAAUUCCUUUGUCUCGGACAUUCUGCUGCCGCCGCUCUCGGUGCUGCUGCCGCUCAACAAGAACCUGGACGAGAAGUUUGCCGUGCUCAAGCCGGGCCCCAACUACGAGCGCGAGAACGGCUACAACACGCUGCAGUUUGCCCAGGACGACGGCGCCGUGGUCAUGGCCUACGGCAUCUUUGUGAACCGCGUCAUCAACUUUUUGGGCGUCGGCGUCUCGUUGUAUGCCCUGGCCAGCGCGUACCAGUACUUCUCGCACGACCCAAUCAUCAAGCACACGGUCAAGUGCAAGUACUGUCGCAAGAGGAUCAGUGAGAAGUCACUCCGUUGCGUCAAUUGCACGAGUUGGCUCGAUGGCCGCGAAGAACGCCAGUCCGGCCUGUAG